AGUGAACAGAUUAUACCAAUUCUUAUUUAGACAUCCGGUACAUUAUCACCACAGUAGUCUUAUUGAGCCACGGUCCAUGGCUUAUGUUGUCUGUUUUCCUGUGAGGUUAUGUCGGGUGUUAUGUUUGUAAUUUUUGUCUAAAAAUUUCACAAUUUCCCACAGUGAAAACUCUUGCCAGGGUCCGUGAUGGCAUCCGGAUCGGAUUCCGAUAUUGAAUCACAACGAAGUUUGAGCCCAUCAGUCCAAGGACCAGCUCCAACUCCUGGCUAUGGACUUGAUAGGUCCCCUUCUAAUUCACCCACCACGUUUAGAAAUAGAUCGCCUUCCACUGGUCGGAGUCGAAGUGGUUCGCGUUCUGGAGGCUCACAACGUUCGAAUUCGGUAGCAUCAGAACAUUCAAACAAAUCGCGUUCUCAAAGUCCGGCUUCCAAUAAAUCGCAAAGAUCACAAAGUGCUGGUUCAGCAACCUCAAAUAGAUCUGGCGCCUCUAACCGAUCUAGAAGUGGUAGUCGCUCUGCAUCACCUGGCUCUAACAAAUCUCGUUCUCGAUCUGGUUCUCGUGUGUCGAACAGAUCAGGCUCACGCGCCUCAAAUCGUUCGGGUUCUCAGGCGUCAAAUCACUCCGGGUCUCGUGCAACAAGUCGGUCUGGUUCUCGAGCGUCUAACCGUUCAGGAUCUCGAGCAUCUAACCGUUCGGGUUCACAAGCAUCCAACCGAUCAGGCUCACACGCAUCUAAUCGCUCGCAAUCACGAGCUUCUAGCCGUUCGGGUUCGCGCAAUUCAAAGACGUCCAAUAGAUCCCGUUCACAAGAGUCUCACCGUUCGAGGUCCAGCUCAAGAAAUUCAAAAGCGUCAAAUAGGUCAGGUUCUGGUUCUCAAAGGUCUAGGUCUGGCUCGAAGGAAUCUAAUAGAUCAAGAAGUGCUGAAUCAAAUAGAUCAAAAUCGAGGUCCAGGUCACAUUCACGUGGCUCCAAAUCUCCUUCUCAGAAUCGGAACGCAUCUCAAGAUAAUAGUAGAUCCAAUAGUCCCAAUUUGGAAAUUGAUGGGGGAAGUCCAGGUAGCGAUGUGGUGAGUAAACGAAAGCGAUCCACUUCGCAGGAAGGUGAAGCAAAAAAGAAGCAUAGACUUAUCGACUCUGAAAGUGAAAAUGAAGAACAACAAGAACCAAGCGCGGCCGCUUUGUUUGGGGACGCCGAUGAUAUAAGUAGUGAAGAAGAAAGGGAUAAAGGUGAAGAUGUGGAACGGGGUAGUGAAGGUGGUAGAAGUGAUGCUGAUGCACGAGAAAGACUCUCUGAUGUUGAUGAAAAUGAACGAAGACCACUGAUUGAAGAAGAGGAAGAGAAGGAGCCCGAACCUGAACCUGUUCCGGAAACAAGGAUUGAUGUUGAAAUUCCGAAAAUUAGUUGUGACCUUGGUAGAGAUAUUCAUUUUGUAAAGUUGCCCAAUUUCCUUUCUGUCGAGACGCGUCCUUUCGAUCAAGAAACCUACGAGGAUGAAAUUGAUGAGGAAGAAACAUUGGACGAAGAGGGGCGUGCACGACUGAAAUUAAAGGUAGAAAACACAAUAAGAUGGCGCGAAGAUGUAGAUAAGGAAGGCAACACAUUCAAAGAAUCCAACGCACGAUUCGUACGGUGGUCGGAUGGUUCUCUCUCUCUACAUUUGGGUUCCGAAAUCUUUGACGUUUACAAACAGCCAUUACAGGGAGACCAUAAUCACCUGUUCAUACGUCAAGGUACCGGUCUACAGGGUCAAGCAGUAUUCCGUACAAAACUAAGCUUCCGACCGCAUUCAACCGAAAGUUUUACUCACAGGAAAAUGACUUUAUCUCUGGCAGAUCGUUCGCAGAAAGUUUCUGGUAUUAAAAUUCUAUCGCAAGUGGGAGUUGAUCCGGAUCAAGAUAGGAAAACACUGCUCAAGAAAGAGGAAGAGAAAUUGAGACAAACUGUUAGAAUUACAAAAACCCGCAAACGAGGCGAGGGGGGUACAAGGUCUCACGCAAGAGAAACGUUUCGAGAGGAAGACGGUAGUGAUGAAGAGGGCGUCAUUUCCCUUAAUGCUAUUAAAAAUAAGUACAAAUCUGGCGCGGCGGUUGCACAAACUCGAGGUGGCGGUAUUUAUUCAUCUGACGAGGAGGGUUCCGAUUUUGAAGCGAGAAGAAGUCGAAAGUUGGAUAAGGCGAAAGCAUUGAAAGAUUCAGAUUCAAGUGAAAGUGAAUAAGGUGUUAAUUUAAGUUAUGGAAAUGUUAUGAGUACAAUAUACAAUUGAAAAGAA